AUGAUGGCUCUAUUAACGUUGAUUUGCCAGGCAAACACUAAGCCAAAUUGGAAUCCCAUUGCAAGCGCCAUAAUUGACAAUUUGGUGGCUAACCCUCUCAAGCUCAAAGGAAAGGAGGCUCCUAUUUUAUCUGCGGUUACGGUUGCAACAAACUCUGCUGUCGCUAAAAACGUUGUCUGCUCUUCCGCUUCUUCUUCAACUUCACGUUCGACCUUUUCAACAAUGUCAACCGUUGUAUCACCUAGCAGCAAGGCAUCCUCCGAAACCACCUCAAUAAAGUUACAUAAGAUGACCGAACAGGACAAGCAAAAAGUGAAUGAAAUGUAUGCCGGACUCGAUAGAAAGAAGCUCUGGAAGUUGAAAACAGGAACAAUUGUCGAAGACAAGAUGAAGCAGCUUGCGUCAAGUCUGGAUUACGAACAUCCCAGCCACUCAAUGAUCUUGGAUAUUACUGAUUCUUGCUGGACCAAAGUCUUCGAGCCUAAUGAAUGGCAAGAGAUUCGCGACCACAAGACAGUUGAAAUGCCAAGCUCAUGCUUUGACUUUGGCAACUUGGAAUGUAUCAGUGGGGAAAAGUCCAGUCGGGCAUCUGCUGAUGCUAGCAACUCGAGCCGUUCCCUGAGUGAUCUCACUCGACAAUCCACAGGUCGAAAGAUGGAUUACCUCUUUAUCAGUAAGAAGAUCGAGUACGAGCUUGGAUAUGGCGAGUGCGCUCUGAUCAGUGGUGUCAAUACAACCAAGGAACUGUAUGACAGCUGUUUCUAG